AUGGCGCGCAAAGCCCGCCAGAAAAUUAGCUAUGUGCUGCCGCUCCCGAACUCUCCAGGAGGACAUCGGCUCGGUGUGAAUUCUCUCGCUCUCGAUCUCCGAGGAACCCUCUAUUCUGCCGGUCGCGACGGCGUCAUUUGCGCUUGGGAUAUCCAAACCGACUUGACGGCUCCAUCAGACCCCUCUCUUGCGAACGGGGAUACACCAACGUCAAGGCCGCGGCCACCAGCAUCAACAUUCAAAUCCCAGGUUCAAGCGCAUACUCAUUGGGUCAAUGAUCUCGCUUUAACCUCCGAUUCUUCUGCAGUCGUAUCCUGCUCGUCCGACUUGACGGUCAAGCUCUGGCGUCCGUCCUCCAAGGCCCCGCCUUCCGAUCUAGGCAACCACAGCGACUAUGUCAAAUGUGUGGUCGCAUCUGGGCCCGCUUCCAAAACGAGUGGAACAUGGGUCGCCUCUGGUGGACUUGAUCGUAAGAUUUUCCUCUGGGAUCUCUCUGGUCAAGGCGAACAAUCAUGCAUCGAUGUUGGCGAUGGUGGCGACAAGGAUAACCCGAAGGGAUCGGUCUACUCACUUGGUAUAGGCGGUGGUAUUCUCGCAUCUGGAGGGCCCGAAAGCGUCGUCAGGCUUUGGGACCCAAGGUCCGGAAAGCCAAUUACCAAGUUUGUCGGCCACACCGAUCUCGUCAGGUCUAUCCUGAUUUCUGAAGAUGCAAAUAUUAUACUCUCUGCCUCAUCGGACGCCACUGUGAAGAUGUGGUCUGUAACUGGCGGCCGUUGUUUACAUACCCUCACGAUGCAUAAUGACAGUGUGUGGUCACUACACUCAUCACAUCCUCAACUCGAGCUUUUCCAUUCCGCCGAUAGAACCGGGCUAGUUGCUAAGACGGACAUCAGGAACAUCGGAGAGAUCGAGGAGGGUAUCUGCGUGGCUGUUUGCCAGGAGAAUGAAGGUGUAAACAAAGUUAUCGCGGAUGGCGGGCUAGGGGAUUACAUUUGGACUGCUACAUCGAGUUCAAGGAUACAUCGCUGGCUAGACGUUGAUACCAAUGCGGAGAUAGUAUCGCCAAAGGAGACCGUACCAGUGGCUUCAAGGUCACCUGCGCUACCUGGGCUGCCCAUCUUGCACCAACACCGACCUUCCAAUGCCUCUAUAGCUACUGUCGUCGGGUACCCGAAGAAGUCGAACAAGCCAAUGAUUCAACUAAGCUCAAUCUUGAAAUUAUCAAAUACAUCGGCAUUCACGACACACGAUGUUAGAGACCCCGACGAGGUUACCAUAUACUCUAUCCCGCAAGCUAGGCAUGCAUCCAUCACGGAAGCAAUGAUGGGGGUGGAGGACACCGGGGACACAAAGCCGAUUUUUGACCAACCAGAUGAAACAAUCGAAGGCCAGAAUGGGUUGAUAAAGCACAUUCUCCUCAAUGACAGGAGACGCGUAUUGACCGUUGACUCAGCCGGAGACGUUCUUGAGUGGGAUCUUGUCAGGUGCACGGUUCUGAAGCAAUGGGGUAAGCGGCAUAUUGAAGAAGUCCAGCGCGAGAUUAAUCCCCGCGAGAAUUUGUCAAAUUGGUGCCAAGUUGAUACUCGAACCGGCCGACUCGCUUGCGUGCUUGAGGAGAACUACUGUUUUGAUGGAGAGACCUACGCCGAUGAGGUUGAGCUAGAGGAGAAAAUCGAUUUCCGAGACGACCAUAGAAUUAAUCUUGGAAAAUGGGUUUUGAGAUACCUCUUCUCGAAUCUCAUUGACGAAGAAAUCCGCCGGGAUGAUGCAUACCGGAAGGAACUUGCGGCAGCACAAGCGGCGAGAGAGGCGGUGCGACGGCAAAAUGCACCCUCUGCAAUAAGCUUACCAGGACCACCAUCUCAUCUUCACGAUCCUCUUACACCUUCCGCUGCGACCCCAAGGCCCGGCCUUAAUGGUUUAUCGGGUGCUCAAUACCCCCAAACACCAGGAAUGUCGAUAGGCCUCGCUACCCCUGCCAUCGCCCACUUCCCUAGUAACACACCCAGUGGAUCAGUCCUCCCCCCUAUGGCGGAAGAAGAGAGAAAAUCUGGAGAUAAACCCAGUGCUUCGGAAGAUAACGACUAUUUUUCAUCCAUACCAUCCAAGCCCAAGGACGAAGAGCUAUCAGCUGCAAACACCACUGGCCCUUCGACAACAGCAACAACCCCAGGCGGCGUCCCGUCGACCGCAGAACCCCCCGCUGCUGCCACUCCAGCGGCAACCUCUAAGCUCUCCCUCGCUAAAUUCUGGGGCAAGAAAUCUAAACAAAGUGAAGAGAAGAAGCCGGAGGAGCCAAAGCCGGAGGAGCCAACCGAACCCGUCAAACAACCUGAGCAAUUUGAUGAUACCCUAGCGGGCGUUCUUAAGCGUAUCAGGCAGUCUUACGAAAUAUACAGCCCAGACAGGCUAAACCCAGAUUUCACCAUUAAAUCUGCAAUUUGUCCCUCUCUACCCUCAGAAACACCUGUACUAAAGCACCCGCCUGAAAUGGUGUUGAUCAUUCAAGAAGACUCGCCAGAUUCUGGGGGUAUGAAGGACGUUUACAGGGGUACCGUAGGAGCCCUUGGCGAUGAGGCCGAUGAGCUAGAAAAAGUCCUCCCAGGAUGGGUCGCUGAUGCAAUCUUGCUUAACAAAGUACCAUUGAAGGAAGUCGUGAAAGUCAGCUUUGUAUUGGUACCUUGGAAGGACAAACUGGCAAGCAUUGGUGAUGCAACCGAUCCGCUGGGCAGCAACAACCGUUUAAACGCAAACCGUAUGCUCCGCGCACGGAAAAUUGUCACAUAUAUUUACGACAGACUUGACCCAUUACCUGCACAAGCCGGUGGGCCGGGUACGGACUUUGGAGAUGAGAAGAGAAAACCAGAGGAUUGGCUUGAGUUAAUUAUCAAGGAUGAGGUGGUCCCGCUGAAUAUGACAUUGGCGACCAUGAAGGCCCAUGUGUGGAGGACCGGUGGAGACGUAGUUGUACACUAUAGAAUCAAAGAUGGGGAGGAACCGAUUGAGAGGGUUAAAGUGGUUGAAGCGCCUACAGAAGAAGAAGAAACGCCUGAAGGAGCGAAGGAGGAAACGAAGGAGGAGGUACCAGACACGAAGGAAGAAAAAACGGAGUGA